AUGCCUAACACAGUCACGAUGAAACGCAAGUUGGACGCAAACGAUGUCCCAUCCCCCGAGGCUGCUGGGGCUGAGGACCAAGAACUAGACUUUGAAGCCCUCAAUCUCGAUCCCCGAUUGCGCCAGGCUCUGAUCAAGGAAAAGUUCACCAAACCCACUCUUGUACAGUCGAAGGCGAUUCCGCUCGCUCUGGAAGGAAAGGAUAUUCUUGCCCGUGCGAAAACUGGCUCUGGCAAAACCGCCGCCUAUGUGCUCCCAAUCCUGCAAGCCAUCCUCCAGCAGAAGACUGCCGACCCCUCCUCAAAAGCCACAACCGCUCUUAUCCUUGUCCCCACUCGCGAGCUUGCAGAACAGGUCCAGAAAGUGAUUACGUCUUUUGCCAGUUUCUGCGGAAAGGAUAUUCGGUCAGUCAACUUAACACAGAAGGUGUCAGAUGAAGUUCAGCGCUCAAUGCUGGCCGAUUUCCCGGAUAUCGUUGUGUCAACGCCUACCCGAGUUUACAGCAACGUGAACAACUCCGCUUUGUCGCUUGAUAAAGUCACCCAUUUGGUUAUCGAUGAGGCCGAUCUAGUCUUGUCAUACGGAUACGACGAGGAAAUCAACGCUCUCUCCAAGGCUAUCCCGCGAGGAGCACAGACUUUCUUGAUGAGUGCUACUCUCACUUCAGAGGUGGAUACAUUGAAAGACUUGUACUGCCGGAACCCUGUGAUUCUUAAGCUAGAGGAGAAGGAAGAGAAGGGUGCUGGUGUCAGCCAGUUUGUUGUCCGAUGCGCGGAAGACGAGAAAUUCCUUCUCACAUACGUCAUCUUCAAACUGCAGCUGAUUAAGGGCAAGGUCAUCAUUUUCGUAGCAGAUGUGGACCGAUGCUACCGUGUGAAGCUCUUCCUCGAGCAGUUCGGUCUCAAGAGCUGUGUCCUCAACUCAGAACUUCCCAUCAAUUCGCGGAUCCACGUUGUCGAAGAAUUUAAUAAGGGCGUCUACGAUAUCAUUGUCGCAGCCGACGAGCAAGAGGUAAUGGGAGUGACCAAAUCGAAGAAGUCGCGCGAAGACAAGGAGGCAGAGGCAGAAGAAGAAGCAAAGGAAGAGAUGGGAAGCAGCGAGGAUGAAGAGGCAGUUGAUGAAAGCGGAAAGGGGAAGAAGCCGGAAACCAAGAAGCGUCGCAAGAUGACCAGCAAAGAGAAGGACUACAGCAUUGCUCGCGGAAUCGAUUUCCAAAAUGUCGCCUGCGUCCUCAACUUCGACCUCCCUACCAGCUCCAAAUCCUACACCCACCGCAUCGGACGUACCGGCCGCGCUGGCAAGGCAGGAAUGGCCCUCUCAUUCGUUAUCCCCACCGACCAGCACGGCAAGCACAAGCCCACCUCAAUCCCCAGCACAAAGCAUGACGAGACCAUGCUCGCCAAGAUCAUCAAGAAGCAAACCAAGCUCGGUCACGAAGUCAAGCCCUACCACUUCGAGAUGUCGCAAGUCGACGCCUUCCGGUACCGUAUGACAGAUGCCCUACGCUCCGUGACCAGACUCGCAGUGCAAGAAGCACGAGGACGCGAGAUCCGCCAGGAGCUGAUCAAGAGCGAGAAGCUCAAGCGCCAUUUCGAGGAAAACCCCGAAGAAUUGCGGCAGCUGCGCCACGACGGCGAACUGCGCGCUGCGCGUGUCCAAGCGCAUCUCAAGCAUGUGCCUGAUUACCUGAUGCCUGCUAAGGGACGCAAGGGUCUCUCGAAGGAGAAUGUUGGGUUCGUUGGGUUCUCGAAGUCGAAGCAGAAUCGCAUCCGCAAGGCAAGAGAUCGCAACCGGGCUCGUGGCAAGUCUGGUGGGAAGGUUGAUCCCCUAAAGACAUUUAAUCGUUCCAAAAAAUAG